AUGUUUUCCACGGGCGAGAUUUCGUUUGACCCACGACCCAUGUUCAUCGCUGACUUGUUCCAGUCGCCAUAUCCUGCCUCUGACGCCAUCUUCUACUAUGACAACACCAUGAUUCAUUGCAAGGAAGACCCUGACGGACCGACCCGGCUUUCAUCAAUGGAUCUUCCUACCCCGGACCCUACAGACAAGGUCAAUGCUGCUGUGGUGGUUGUCUCUAAUUGCGAGGAGAGUGCUACGUGGCGAAGCGCUUAUAUUGACAAGCAGAUCGCGGCUGAACAGUAUCGAUUCUUCAUCUCGAUAGAGAACUCACUGGUCACAAACUACUUUACCGAGAAGUUUUUGGAGGCACUUGAUUACGACACGGUCGUGGUGUACGGUGGUCCACCCGACGCGAAAGCGCACUUUCCCUCGCCCAACUCUUUCGUAGAUGUCCUAGACUUUCCGGACCCUGCCGAUCUCGCCGCCUUUCUCAACGCCAUGACCGACGACGAGUGGCGCUCGCGCUUUGAAUGGCGGAAGAAGGCGAGCGUGCAGCCCAAACUAGCCGAGCUUGCUCGCAAGCGCGGCUGCCUCUCGCGCCCGAAAUGGACAGCGUGCGCCAUGUGUCGCGCCUACCACGACGUCUUUGACUAUGAGCCCACAGUUGGCUAG